AUGAAUUCAACUAGUCAAAAUCAUGCUCCAACUGCAAGUAGUCAAGAUGUGGGAGGUUCGGGUUCUAAUCAACAAAAUACUGAUUCUGUGGAUCAACAAGAUGGAACAAAUAUUAAUGAUACAGACACAGUUUUUGAUGAAGAUGGAAAUGAAGUUGUUGGUUCGAAAAGGGCAACACGUUCACCGGCAUGGCAACAUUUUAUAAAAUUUAAAUUGAAUGAUGAAGUUAAAGCAAGAUGUAAACAUUGCUCUAAAGUGUUGGGUGCAGAUAGCAAGAAUGGCACAAAACAUUUACUUGCACAUUAUCAGCGUUGUUUACACAAACCUUAUCCAGAUAUUCGUCAAUCUAUCUUGGUGCAAGAAAAAAAGAAAUUAGAUGGUACUACAACGCAUGUUUCAAAUUAUACAUUUAAUGUUGAUACUUCUAGGAAGGAUUUGGCUGAAAUGAUUAUUGUGCAUGAGUAUCCGCUUUCAAUUGUAGAGCAUCAUGGAUUUAGGAAGUUUGUGGGAGGUCUUCAACCUUUGUUUAAGGUUCCUUGUCGAAACACCAUCAAGGACGACAUCAAAAGAAUUUAUGAUUACGAAAGGGAUAAAACUAUGAGUUUGUUAGCAAAGACCAAAAGCAAAAUUGCAGUUACUACUGAUAUGUGGACAUCUAAUCAUCAAAAAAAAAAGGAUUUAUGGCAAUGA